AAUUAAAAAUUCCCAUUUUAUACGACUUGUCAAAAUUUUGGAGCUUUUUCCAGCUGAAUCGUAGGUUCUUUCUCUGCCCAGGCAUAUAAUGCGUACACUGCGGCGCUGGAUGCUCAGUCUGAAGCUGCUCCUGCGGCAACACUGCGACACACUGGCCGUUCUCUCCCUCCUCUGUCUGAUGGGCGUGGUGGUGCUGGACUUUAGGCAUGUGGCGGCCCGCUGUGAGUUAAGCCAUUGGUGCCAGCUAUUGGUGCGCAUAGAGGGAGUGCCCAUGCUUCUGGUGGUGCUGGCGGGGAGUCUGAAGUUGCUGCUCUUAUUGGGCAUGCUGGUGUGGAGAUUUGUUUACAUAAAACCGCAAAAACUUUCAAUGAUUGGAGUCAAGCAGCGCUAUAGGCGCUUCAUAUUAAUGCGUCUGCUAUCUGCGCUGGAUCAGCUACUCGAGAUGCGAGUACAGCGCUCUCCGAGAUCGAGGCAGCGCAGCUAUGAGUUUCUGCGCCGUCGGGAGACGCUCAUAGGGGCCAUCGAGCUGUUCCGGUGCGACGCUCGCAGGAUCUUCGAACGCACAGACGAGCAAUUGUGUCUGUCUCUCGAGCAUGUCCUGCUCAUUGACAUGCAGCAGGAGCAGUGGCUGCUGCAACAGGGAUAUGGCAAGCGGCUGUCGCAGCUCAACGAUUCAGACAUUUAUAAAUUGCUAUUCGAUAGAGAGAAAACUUCAAUGAGCGCGUGAUGUAAGGUAUAACAUUUUCCGAACAAUGAGUAAAACAAAAUUUAAUACAUA